AUGGAGCGCGGCACGGAACCCGGGGAGACGGCAGAGCCCUCGGGACCCCGAAGGGAGGUCGCGCCGAGUUGGAAGGGCGCUCCACCGGGCUCGGGGUCUUACAAAGAGGGACCUCGGAGCCGGCGAGGGCGCGCGCUGGGGGCGCACCCCUUCCCAGGGGUCCCCCGCACCCAGCCGCAAGUUCAGCAAGUCGCCCCGCCCGGCGCGCCGCUGCGCCGCGUCCGGCAGCCUUUCUCUCGCUCUUCGGGAACGAGCGGCGGCGGCUCCUCUCCCACCCCGGGCCCCGCAGCGCGGGCGCCUCUGCCCGCCGGACCCCCGCCCCGCACGCCCGCGCUGCCCCCGGCCCCACCGUCAGCCCCCGAGGCGCCCCCCGGGGCGGCCCCUUCACCCCGGGACCGUCCUCGCCCAGGCCGUGCCCGGACACCACCCGCAGCCCGCGAGCGCGCGGCGGCGCCUACCGGGGCCGCCGCCUCGCCGCCCGCCGCUGCCCGGGGCUGCCCAUCGGCCCGGACUGUGCCGGCGCCGGGCUCCGGCGGGAGGCGGCCCGGACCCGCCGGCUGCGGCUGGAGCGGUCGGCCUGUGCUCCGGCGGGCGGGCGGGGGCGCGGCGCCGCUCCUCCUCCGUCGUCGUCCUUCUCCCGCUCCGCCGGCUCCUCCCGGGCUCCCGGUCUGCCGCGCCGGCUCCCGACACCGCCGCCCGCCCGCCCCGCGGCACCGCCCCCCGCCCGCUCCGCGGCCUCUCAUUGGCCGCCGCCUGCAGGCCCCCUCGGCCCCGCCCCGCCAUUGGGCGCGGGCGCCGUCCGUCCCACCGCCCCGCGGGGCUCCGGGCUCAGCCGGUGCGCGGUUCCCAGGCCCCGCGGCGCGCGAGAGCGGUGAGUCCCGGAGGGCUUCGGACGUCUUUCCCCGGGCUGCGGAGCGCGGGGCCGCGGCCGGACGACCUCGACGGAGGUGCCGCCUACCUGGUCCCGCGCCCCGGGAAGGCCGGCGCCUCCCUCCGCGGACUCGUUUCCCCUCCGGCUGCGAUAAGUUAAAACCCCGAGUCCGCCCCCUCGCGCCGUCGCGACCCUGCCCGGCCCUCCAGCCUCCGGAGCUGGGAGAGACGCGCCGCCCGGCGCACGGGUCCCCGCGCCGCCGGAGCCCGAGUGUCGCCGGCCGAGAGGACACAGCCGGCCGCGGGAGCUGCGCGGGCACCUGCCCCAAGACGCGGCAGAAUCGCCGCCGAGGCCGGAGCCAGCCCAGUCGGCCGCCUCACUGUGUCCAGAAGGGGACUGCAGGAGGGGCGAGAUCCGGCUGCGUGCGGCCUGGGAGGGCGCUCCCGGACUGCCCAGGCCGCUCCCCAGCUGCGUGCGGACCCCGGAGGUCGCCCCCGGCCGCCCAGGCGGUGCCCCACUGUGUGCCGGCCUGGGAGGGGGACGUCCCAGGACCGCCCAGACGGUGCCCCUACGUGUUCGGCCCCGGGAGGGCGCCCCGGGACGACCCUGGCAGAGAGCCCCUGCCCCCGGAGCUGGGGUAG